AUGGCUCUUGCACCUCAAUUUGCAGGUCACCGUUGGGGCGUAUGCACCGCUCCUCACGUUUUGGAAAUUUACUUAGACUAUGUGUGCCCAUUUUCGGCCAAAAUUUUUUUGAGACUUCGAAACGAUGUGUUUCCUUUUAUCGAAAAAGAAUAUCCAGAAAAAAUUCAAUUUUUGUUCCGUCAGCAGGUGCAACCCUGGCAUCCGAGCUCGAGUGUCGUUCAUGAGGCUGCCUUGGCUGUAGAAAGGAUUGAUAAAACUAAAUUCCUUGAUUUUUCAGCCAAAUUAUUUGAAGUCCAGAGAGAGUAUUUUGACGAAUCUGUUCAGACUCUUACUCGCGCACAAGUCAAUAACUCCUUGGCAAAAUAUGUCAACCUGCUUGGAAUUCAAUCCGAUCAAUUUACAUCAUUGAUCAACAUUCCAGCAACUUCCAAUUUCUCUGAGGCUCGCAACUCGGGAAACAAUGUGACCAAUGAUCUUAAAUGGCAUAUUAAACUAGGCCGUCAAAACGGUAUUCAUGUUAGUCCAACUGUUUUAUUUGAUGGGAUUAUUGAUGAUAGUGUGAGUUCCGGCUGGACUUUUGAGCAAUGGAAAGAAUGGCUAGCUAAGAAAGUGGCAUAA